AUGCUGCAUGAAGAACAAAAUAACAGACUUCCCGGCGAAGAAAAGGUCGAGACCUUUUUUCCCGGAAUCCCUCGUGGCAGCAAUCGGAAUAAUUGCCAUGUGUUGAGGAGAAGCUUUCCUGCUAAGGAUACGACGGCAUUCCCUCGUUUCGGCCUCGGCGUCGAGAUUGGAAUUUGGAGAGCAUUCAUCACAUGUCGACGCUAUGUACGCAGUAGUGGCCAGUAUGGCAUGAAUCCUUUUACAUCGCAAUAG